GAGAUAUACAGACUUCGGAGGUGUUUAUUUUAUCAGUUUUGCUACCCGCCGCAUACAUAAUCGAUAUCGUCGUGUCAUCGUGGUGUAAAUCCUGUUGUGAUAAGAUUUCGGACAGAACGCAACCGUCGGCAAGCGUUUUGAUGCGCCCGGCAUCGCGCAGUCGUGCUGCGUGCUUAACUGUUGGACGUGUAACGGUCCAGUUUGCUGUUCAGCGUGUGAGAAAAGCGUUUGUGAAGAAGAUGGACUUUUACUACCAUCCUGCCUCGCCCUACUGCCGAUCAGUGAUGCUGGUCGCGAAAGCGCUCAAGCUAAAUCUGAACAUGCUGUACAUUGAUAUCAUGAAGGAUGAACAGCUGCGACCCAGCUUUAGUGCGCUCAACCCGUUCCAUUGUGUCCCAACGCUGGUGGAUAAUGAUUUGACACUGUGGGAGUCACGUGCCAUACUGGUAUAUCUCGUCGAUAAGUACGGGCGUACCAAUAGUCGACUCUACCCGAAGGAUGCACAAACCCGAGCCCUCAUUAAUCAACGAUUGUUCUUCGACCAUGGUACGCUUAGUACACGGCUGGAGGAUUACUACUAUCCGCUGUACUUCGAAGGUGCCCCGGCUGGAGGUGAAAAGCUCGAAAAGCUUGAGGAAGCACUCAGUUUAUUGAACGGAUUUCUCACCACAAAUCCGUAUGCGGCUGGACCAAACAUGACGCUGGCCGAUUACAGCUUAGUGGCGACAGUUUCUUCCCUCGAGGUGGUGCAGUACGAUCUUAGCAAGUAUCCGGCCAUUGCGGCUUGGUACGAAGCCUGCAAGGCAACGAUUGUCGACUAUCAGGAGAUCAACGAGGCUGGCUUGCAGCAAUACCGUCAAUACUUCGAAUCGGGUUUAAAUCCCGUUGCUUAUUAACGACGAUGAUGACGAAUGCAAAUGUUUUCGGAUAUUUUUUAAUACGCCUCGUUUUGGAUGUACAAGCAGGGAGUUGAAUUUUGUUUUCUUCUCU